CUUUCCAUAGGAAAUUGCCCCCCUCCAACCUCCCCGCAUCUCUCUCAAACCCUAGAAGCGCGGGGAAGAACGUUGAAGUCGACAGCGAUUGCAGAAUUGCUUCAAGCCAACAAAAUCUGAGGUGUUUCCAUUGCAAAGUGCAACGUGCAGUGAGCGUUCUUGCUGUGACAGCUGUUACAUCUGGUGGAUAUGUUUCUUUGCACCAUUAUGCCUUUCGAUAAACAAUGAAUCUUCAGGAAAGGAGACAAGUCUGAAGCUAACCUAAAAACACAUCCCUUGUUGCAGUGGUGGAUUACUUGAAGAUGGGUAUUAUUAACUUGGCACUCCGUUGUCCCAAGAGUUUUCAUGGGCUAACAACAGAUCCUCAGCCAGACUGGGGUUGGGAUGAUAUCAUCUCAGAGCUAAAUGUAUUAGAACAAAAGCUCAGUGAUUCUUCGGGCGGUCGCCCACUGUCAACAAGGAUGGAGUUUCCUGCAAUUUUGAAUCCUGUGGAUGGUCAUAGGAGUCACAAGGCUUUUGUAAUGCGUGUCUCGGAUGAUGAGAUGGAGGAUACUGAGAGCAGUGAUGAAGAUAGCCAUAAUCAAAGUUCAAUGACUGGCAGACGAUUUGCAUGUGGUGAACUUGAUUUGAGUGAUACUGAUGGUUCUGAGGAUGAGUUAGACCUUGAAACAACUGGAAAUCGUUUAAUGGAUAAAACAGGGCUAGAAGAAGGCAUUUUGAUUGAAUUAGAACGUGAACACCAGCUACGAGUUAAGGAGGAAAUUAGGAACAGAUUAUAUGCAUUGGAGGCAGAUAUGAAGAAUGAAAAUGAGAGAUCCGUGGCAGUGCGUGGUCGUGUUGAGAAGUACAUUGAAGAAAAGCGGGAGACGGAUAGAAGGCUAGAUAAGCAGUAUCAACGCAAAAUUGCAGAAGCACUCGAGAGUCACUUAUCCGCUGUCCAAAGGGAUCAUCAACAGAUAUCCCUAAUAGAAGAACGGAGAAUAAGAUCUGAUGCGGAAGAGGCUAAAAGAAAGGAGACUGCUCUUCUUGAGGAAAAGGCACGCCAAGAACGGGCUAAAGCAGAAGCAGAGGCUAAACUAAAGGCUGCGAAGGUAGCUGAAGAAAUGCAGAAGGCAGCAUUGGAUGCUGAGAGGAGAGCCAAAGAAGCUGCAGAAAAGGUUGCCAAUGAAAAAUCGAAAACAGUUGCUGCUGAAGAGGUACAGAGGGAUGCAAAUAUAAAAUCUCUAAGUGGAGUGAGGGGUGGAGAUGGACACUCUAAGGAAUUGGGAUCUGAUGCACCUGAUAAAGUGCGGUCAGCAGGGAUCAACAUUAAGGCUGCAGAAACUGCACUUAGACUGGAGGAAGAGAGACUUGGGAAGUACAAGGAAGUUGCUGAAAUGAACAAUAGGUUGAGAUUGGGCUCUAAUAAGAAUAUUCAAAGUUAUGAGCGGCAGAUUGCUAGGAGGGUGAAACAAAUAUCUGGGACCCAAGAGAAUUUUAGAGAAAAAGCAAGUGAUCUGGUUAAAAUUGUCAAUGAUCCCCUUUGCCCUCAGUCCAUCUCGAUUGCAAUGUUCGCAAAGCAGGUUGUCUCCCUAUGCGAAGUAAGCAUUGGUGCUACUGCUUUUGCUUGUGCCCGUAUCAUCGUCAUCGUCACUUCACAGGUCCCAGUUGCAAUGGAUAUUGUUCUUGCUGAAUUCCAUAAAGCUUGCAUCUACACUGUUCCGAAACAUAUACGAUACUCAGAAUCAGCGUUUAAAACCAAAGAAGCGUACUACAAAGCGAUUGGCUAUCAGGAAAAGGAAGGGAAGAUUGAAAGCACAACCUCUUAUUUGCAAAGGGUGGAGGCCUAUAUGACACUUUAUGCUGCACUGGUCCAGACAGAGAUCAAUGGUUUCAGAAACCUUCAUGGACUGAAAGAAGGUUGGGCAUGGCUUGCCAGAUUUUUGAACACUCUCCCAGUUGAGCCAUCCACCGCGGUCGCACUGCUCGCCUUCCUCAGGGUGGCGGGUUUCAUGCUGUUCCGGAGAUACAAAUCCCAGUUUAGGAAGAUCUUGAACAUUGUAUCCCGUGAGUUCCUGGCCUCGCUGAAAAAUCUACGAGAUCCGCAGGCGAAUCAAGUCAUAGAACAGAUUGAGUGUUAUAUUGAAUCCAACCAGUAUCUCCAAGAACCACAAGGUUGGCAGCUCCAGACGUCUUUGCAAUCAAAGGCAUAUUGAAAGUGCCCGGAUCACUGUCCUGUUUGAAUUUGUCAGUGAUAUAUGUUUGGCUCUGAUCUAAAUGGGUCUUGUAACAACUAAUGUACAGCAUUAGUAUUCAUAGCUCAAAUAUUCAAUUGGCUCUGCUUGAUGUUCGGCCAGGUUGGGUUUA